GUUUCUUCUCCACCAAAUCGUCCAAAAAUGCAGCGCGGGCUCCCGAUGCAACCCACCGUUGUUCUCCUGCGAGAGGGGACCGAUACAUCGCAAGGAAACCCUCAAUUGCUCUCGAACAUCUCUGCAUGCCUGGCCAUCGCGGGUACCCUUGCAAGCACACUUGGGCCUCGGGGAAUGGACAAGCUCAUUGUCAACGACCGUGGGGAGGCUCAGAUCACGAACGAUGGGGCAACUAUCCUCAAACUGCUCGACAUCGUCCAUCCUGCGGCAAGGACUCUCGUUGAUAUUGCCCGAGCCCAGGACGCCGAGGUUGGAGAUGGAACAACGAGUGUCGUUUUGCUUGCGGCGCAGCUUCUCAAGGAGGUUCGGACGUAUAUUGAGGAUGGUGUUAGUCCGCAUAUUAUCAUGAAGGGGUUCAGGUUGGCUUCCCAACUAGCAACUGAUAGGAUAAAGGCCAUACAAAUCUCCGUCGAUAAGUCCGAUCCUGAGAAAUUCCGCUCUCUCCUACUGAAAUGCGCAUCUACAUCCAUGUCAUCGAAGCUCAUCCACUCCGAAAAACCCUUCUUCUCUAACAUGGUCGUCGAUGCUGUUCAAUGUCUUGACCAAGACGAUCUCGACGAGUCAUUGAUUGGCGUGAAAAAAGUUGCUGGUGGAGGAAUGCAGGACUCGCUGCUGAUCAAGGGUGUGGCCUUCAAAAAGACAUUCACCUACGCUGGCGCGGAGCAACAACCAAAAUCAUUCCGCGACCCGCUCAUCUUAUGUCUUAACGUCGAACUCGAGCUCAAGGCGGAGAAAGACAACGCGGAAGUUCGUGUUGAUGCCGUGGCCGACUACCAGGCCAUCGUCAACGCCGAAUGGGAGAUUAUCUACCGCAAACUGCAGGCAAUAGAAAAAACCGGCGCGAAGGUUGUGCUCAGCAAACUGCCCAUCGGUGAUCUGGCCACCCAGUGGUUUGCCGACCGUGACAUCUUCUGUGCGGGCCGUGUUGCUGGCGGCGAUUUGCGUCGUGUUGUUCAAGCGACGAGCGGAGACAUCCAAUCGACUUGCAGCGACAUCAAACGGGAGCAUCUUGGGACGUGUGGGUCGUUUGAGGAGAAGCAGAUUGGUGGCGAGCGGUACAACCUCUUCCAAGACUGCCCCAAAUCCAAAACAUGCACCCUUGUACUGCGAGGUGGGGCAGAACAGUUUAUUGAGGAGGUCGAACGGAGUUUGCAUGACGCAAUCAUGGUCGUGAAGAGGGCGGUGAAAAACGGAGAGGUCGUUGCAGGCGGCGGUGCUGUCGAGAUGGAUCUUUCUGCCCACAUACGCAAACAUGCUCUUUCCAUCCCAGGAAAACAGCAACUCAUCAUCACAGCAUUCGCGAAAGCCCUUGAAAUUAUUCCAAGGCAAAUUUGCGACAACGCUGGGCUCGAUUCUACGGACAUUCUCAACAAGCUGCGCAUGAAACACGCCAAUGGAGAAAAAUGGACUGGUGUCGAUGUUGAUGGGGCUUCGGGUGUGCGAGACAAUAUGGACGCGUUUGUUUGGGAGCCGUCUCUCGUCAAACUCAAUGCCAUCAGCAGCGCUUCAGAAGCAGCUUGCUUAGUUUUGAGCAUUGACGAGACGGUCAGGAAUCCACAGAGCGAAGCGGCCAAAGCGGGUCCCAAAGCACCACCUGGUACUGCACAGAGGGCACUCAGAGGGCGAGGAGGUGGACCACGGCGGUAA